AAACACGGCCUGCAGUAAUCACUUUAGCGCAAGUGUAGUUUUGUCGGUUUUUAUAGAAAUUUUUAACUAAUAAUUUUAAUUUGAAGUGUGCUUUCGUAGUACUCAGUUCCUUGACCAUUAUUUUUGUAACAUAAAUUCGUUUAUAAACGUCUGUAUUAGUUAAAAAUUUUUCGAUUUCAAUUAAUGGAUUAGCUUUAGCAAAGCAUGUUUUUCACAUUCAGUUUUUCUCCAUCCUACAUUUAAAAUAAUUUAAACGAGCCCAUACCCUUGCUGCCCCCACUUAUAUGGCGCCUAUCAAUGUGUGCAUGGACAAAGUCAAGGGAGUUUGCAAUGCCAAGUUUGUGCAAUCCAGGACUAUUUUUUUAAGUGAAAAUAGAUAGAUGUGUACAUGGAUACCGAGUUAGCAAUUUUUUUACUUAUUAUUUUCAAGUUGGCAAUUUUGAGAAACGUGAGAAGCAGUGGGUGAUUCUGCACUUUCCCAGUUUGUCGCCAAUGUUGUGGGCUCUCCUAGGAUUUUACCUGGUAACUUUUUUAAUGGAAACCAAGCAAAAAAUUAAUGGUGAUUAAUUUUUGAGUUGUGAAAUUAGAGAAAUGGAUAUAUCAUUAACAGAAACUUCCGAUUUACCAACUGCAGUUGGAAACAAAGAUGUGAUGGUAAAUGAAACACCAAUACCAGGAUGCAGUGACUCUCAGACUGAUGCUGCUGUUACAAAUGUUGCUCAUUCACUUUCUGAGGUCAGUUUAAAGAAAGACAAGAAACCUGUAUGCUUGAUAAUUUUAGGAAUGGCUGGUUCUGGAAAAACCACAUUUGUUCAAAGAAUAACUUCAUUUUUGCAUAAUAAAAAAUCCCCACCAUAUGUAAUAAAUCUUGAUCCUGCAUGCCAUAAUGUUCCUUUUCCAGCAAAUAUUGAUAUUCGAGACACCGUAAAAUAUAAAGAUAUAAUGAAACAGUAUUCUUUGGGACCUAAUGGAGGAAUAAUGACAUCAUUGAAUUUAUUUUCUACAAGGUUCGACCAGGUAUUAAAUUUUGUUGAUAAAAGUAGCUCAAAGUGUGACUAUGUUAUAUUGGAUACACCUGGACAAAUUGAAGUGUUCACCUGGUCAGCAUCUGGUAUGAUUAUUACUGAAGCAUUAUCAUCUUCCUACCCUACUGUUGUAGUUUAUGUUAUGGAUAUUGUAAGAAGUGCAAAACCUGUUACAUUCAUGUCUAAUAUGUUAUAUGCGUGUAGCAUAUUAUACAAGACAAAAUUGCCUUUUAUUGUUGUUUUGAAUAAAACAGAUGUUUUAGACUGUAGCUUUGCCAUUGAAUGGAUGCGAGACUUUGAAGCUUUUCAAGAAGCAUUAGAGGCAGAUACAUCAUAUGUAUCAAAUUUAACACGCUCCAUGAGUUUAGUUCUUGAUGAAUUUUAUAGUGAUCUUCGAACUGUGGGAGUAUCAUCAUUAGUGGGUUCUGGAAUUGAAGAAUUUUUCAAAAUGGUUGGAGAAGCUGCUGUUGAAUAUGAGAAUAUUUUCAAGCCAGCAUACGAUAAAAUGGUGCAGAAAAAGAAAGAGAUAGAAAAAUCUAAGCAAGAGAAGGAAAUGAAACGCUUAAAAAGAGAUUUAGGAAAAGGUUCGGAAGUGCAGUUGGAACCAGAAAAUAUGGAUCUGAAGGAAGUAUAUUCAGAUCCAGUUUACGCACAAGAGGGUAUGGAUGAUGGAGAUACUUCUGAUGAAGACUGGACAACUGGAAAAUUGAAAUAUGGUGAUGACUCCUAAUAUUACAUAUUUUAUUAGAUUUUUAUUAAUAAUUUGGCUUUAUUGUGAUAAUAAGCCAUUUGACAUUAAAAAAGCUAUUAUUUUCAUGUGAUUGAACCUUUUUUUUUGUGAAAUUAAAGUAGUU